AUGUACAUGUAUUAUAGUGCCCGAAAGACAUCUAUAUUAUUUUUCUUUAUCCAACUCCUCGAGCUCAAAUACGCUCAAUUUGACAGUGAUACCUCCAAUUUGAAAUAUCGUUUGCAAUGUUCUUACUAUGGUAUAUACCCUACAAUCAAGACCUUCCAAAAGGUAACCGUUUCAAUUAUUGAUUUGAUAUUUGGAAAAUUGGGCGAUAAGUUUAUGAGUCCGGAAUAUUACAUUGAUACCAUUAUGUCAACUGAAUUGUAUCAAUCUUCAAUUGUACCACACUCUGUGCGGCUUGAAGGAUUAGGGAUUUAUUUUAGUUGGUCCUAUAGACCUCAAGCAAAUGAUCAGAACUUGGAAAAGACCACAGUUGUUGUGGAUUUUGUGGCUUGCUAUGAAAUCAAUACACAAAAGCUCUAUGCCUUUUAUAUAUUGCCACUUGGUCUUUGA